AUGGGAGGAAGAUCUUGGUAACCCUCAGUCAGUGGGUCCAGAACCUGCAACGAAAGCAGCCAGCACUUCUCAUCGGAACUGCCUUUGCAGGGGAGAAGGGUCAGCGACCGAAUAAAUCUUCCAUGCUUGGAAUUCGUAAAAGCCUUUCAGUACACAAGAAUCUCGAUUUGGAUUUAGAUAUACCUUCUUCAUCCAAGGUGAAAAGCCCGGCAUCUGGGAGGCGAAAGCUCAAUCUCCGACGUUUCAGACGCACACUACUAUUCAGGCUAGGGGACUCGCAUACUUUUAAUUGGACCAACCCUUAUUCAUCUUGGAACUGUGGAUCUCUGCAAUCAAAUGAUCUUCUAGAGAAGGAGAUAUUCCCGGACCUCUUGCUCAAACGUGCUGAAAUGCAUGUUAUUGAGCAGAUGAAGAUGGAUGCAAAUCUAGACCUGGAUGUUAUCUGUGGCAUUGUUUCACGGGUCAUUGAUUCUUACAUGUUUGAGAAAAGCCCCGACACAAAAUUUCACUCCGCCUCUGACUCAAAGCCUAAUCCGAGUGAAACCAGGCCAGAUCAGCCUCAAUCUCAGGCGGAACGAGACAAGUCAUCUCCCAUAGAGGUCCCCCUGGAUGCUAUCAAGUUGGGAUGCAACGAACAUGAGAAGAGACUUCUCCAUACGGUUGUCGAUCCUGAGGAGCUCGAUGUCACCUUCGACGACGUCACUAUUGAUCGCGAUGCAAAGGAAAUUGUCAAGGAGCUCUUCACUCUUCGGAAGGUCCUGUCGAGCCGAGGGCUGAAGUUCAUAGGAAGCUCGGGUAUAUUGUUGUAUGGCCCGCCCGGUACUGGUAAGACGCAUCUCAGCCGGGCAAUCGCAAAGGACGUGGGCGUCAACAUGCUUGCAAUCACGCCGGCCGAUAUCGAAUCAAAAUGGGUAGGAGAGAGCCAGAAGGCCAUUGGGGCGGCGUUCUCACUUGCCAGAAAACUGGCGCCGUGUGUUCUAUUUAUCGAGAAGGUUGAUGCAUUGUUCGGCCACCGCACUUCAAGUUCCAGAAGGUGGGAAAGAGAAGCAAUAAACCAGUGUCUCCAGGAAAUGGACGAUAUUGACACCAAGCACAACUCCCCACUGGUAGUUGGUGCGACUAAUCGUCCCCUGGACUUGGACGAGGAAUUCAUGCGACGUCUCCCUCACAAGGUCCUCUUUUCCCUACCGACCCAGCAUCAGAGGCACGAGAUCCUCCAGGCCCUCGUCAAACAGUCAGAUCUUGAUCCCUCAGUGAGCCUGGAAGAACUUUCACAGACCACAGCCGGGUACUCGCGUUACGACUUGAAAGAGUUGUGUAAUCAAGCAGUCAUGAUCAGUGCGAGUGAGCAUUUUCCGAAUAGAGAGGAUUCGAAAGAAGAUGAAGAUGAAAAAUCGACCGAACGCCUGGACAACCUGAUUUUGAAGCCUCAUCAUUUUGCCAAAGCUCUGAAGAGAAUCCUAUCAUUUUUCCCUGACGGGGCAACGUUAGAAACCACAGGUUUUGCGCAGAAAUUCAAUCCCAACCAAGGGGAUGGAGCAGGACGGUGAUACCUCGCACGGUUAUGUGGAAGUCGUGAAGUCAUUGGGUGAUUCGGGGGGGUCCAAAUCGAAAGCACACAAAUUAAAGCAGCUUAUACGGAAUUUAAGCGAGGUCUCCAGGAUUUAAGGGUGGAAGCGCAUCUGCUUCUAGCGGUGGUUUGGGGAUGUGAAUCAAUGGAGGGGUUGGGCAUUGGGUUUGUGAUACCUCUGGCAAGAAGCCACAAAACCACUUCCAAGCUGUAUUUGCCUGCACCUCGCCAGUAAACUUUCCUUGUCAUGAUCUAGUUUUUCUUUUGCUGCACAGCUGGUAUGUCAGAUUUAUCUACGCUAAUCAGAAUGACAAGC